AACAUGUUAAUUGUAUUUAUUAUGCGUGUGAUAAGAAUCGAAAAUCAGUUCUGUUGAAUAGAAAAUAGAUAAAUAAUAAAUAAUAUUUGAAUAACUAUUAACUAAUGCCUUUAACUUUUUUGGCUAGUACAAUAAGUAGACGAUACUUGAUAGUUUGGACAUUUUGGUAUUGGUACUGUAUGAUAUUAUAACAGUCAUUUUUAUGCUUUUGUAGGUAUUGUGACUACGGCCGACCUAAACAAUGGCCACUGUCAUAGCCAUCGAUCUGUCUGUAUCCAUGCUCAGGGAUAUUAAAAUCAAAGAUACCAAAGAGUCCUUUACGUUGCUACAGUUGGCCACACACGGUGUCAAUGUUUUACUGGACUAUUUAGCCAUACACUCCAAACUAGAGUUUGUUGCUGUUGUUACAUUUUCUUCCACUUGUGAUGUUUUGUGUUCAUUUACUCGUGAUUAUGACUUAAUUAAAGCAAAAAUCACUCAAUUAGAGUUUAGGACCAACACAUGUUAUCCACCUGUAAUACAGACUAUUAAUUGUUUAGUCCAUAGUGAAUGGUCUAACUCUGUAACCUGUCAAGUUAUUAUGAUUACUGAUGGUAACUGUUAUGAAGGUCUCCGGAAACCAGAUAUGACUCCAUUUCUAUUUCCUGGAAAAUUAAUAGUUGUUCCCCUGGAUCAAGUGUCAUCACUUUACAAAAAUAAUUAUGACUCAAACAAACUUCCAAAUGGUCUUGGUUAUAUAACUUCACCUGAAUUACCUUUAACUCCAUUGUCUGUUGCUAAAGUUUUUGAAAAAAUUGCUAAAGAAACAUAUGUACCUUACAGUGCCGUAUUACGAUGUGGGAAUUUAAAGUCAGAUGUUCAUUUGAUUCCCCCUCCUAUGUCUUACACAAAAGCUGCGGAUUUUGAAAUAAUGACUUGUUGUAUUUCAAGUGAACUAAAUAUAAUUGGAUUUUUAGAGUCCUCAAAAGUAGAAUGUCCAGCAACUCUAUCCCGUCAUCUUAUUUUACCUCAACGAAUUUUAGAUGAAUCCACAGAGACUAAUGAAGCAUCUGCAAAAACUCCCUCAUUCUGUGUGUUAUUACAUGGUGCUUUAAAAGUAGAAAAUAUGACAGCUGUUUGUCAGUUAAGCUCUAAUUGGUAUGGAUUAUUAGUUAGUUGGGCAGACAAUAAAAAAAAAUCAAAUUUAAUGUUAAUUAUUCUUGAACCUGGUACAAAUGCUAUCCCUUGGUUAGGCGAUAUACGAAAUCUUACAUUAUCACCUACAGAAUUAUGUAAAUCAGAUGUUGAUGAAACACAACCAAUUAAAACUCCUGAUAAACGUAGUUACAACCAAUCUCAGUUGGUGUGGAUUAAAGAAGCUGGUCUUCAAGCAGAUAUUCAGAAAAUUUUAAGACAAGCAAGAAAAAUGCCAGAUAAAAUUCCAAGUUUUUAUAAGGAAUUAAAUCGAAUUCGAAAAGCUGCAAUCGCUUACAGCUUCAAUGACUUAUUAACCAGUAUUGCUGACUUAUUGGAUAUAGAAUGCAGCAAUUUACCAAAUGGUACUCAUCCAGAUUGUGCAUUACAAUUAUCCCAUGCUGCUAUGGAAUUGCGAAAACCUCUUGCUAUGGAUCCCAAACUCACAAUUGCUCCUAUGAUAACAAAAUAUGCUCAACAUGACCUUAUGUAAAAUUCAUUAAAUAAUACAAUAUUUUA